UAAGUAAGGUUACCUUACCAGUUUAACGUUUAGCGCUGAAGUAGUGAGGGUUGAAAAGUGAAUAAAAAUGAAAUAAAUCGAAGAUAUUCUUCGCAGAACGAAAAAUCAUUCAUUAUUACCGGACAUUAAAAUAAGAAAGAAAAAAUUUUUAAAGAUGGGAAACUCUCAUCCGUUAGUGAAACCUCCAAGAACAGUGCAAUCAUGGAAACCAAAAGCAUUAACCCAGCUUGAGAUAACCCAAAAUUAUUUGAAGCAAUUUAAGGUAGAGAAAAGAACUGAUCCAGCCAUGUUGUACCUUUUCGAUAUAACUAAAUUCCCCUCAAAUUGGAUGCAUCUUGAAAUGGGUUUGACCGCAGUAAGUGUUCAAACCCUUAAAGAAUAUAUACAAACAAAAUUUAAAAUCAAUGCCGAGGAUCAAGUUCUUCUGAUAAGUGGAGGGGUAUGUUUAGAGGAUUCAAGAAUAGUCUGUAACUAUAGUGCAGGAACGGAUUCAAAUCCUAUAUUCUUCUUCAAUAAGAAAAUUGAUAAAAAUGAUAGUUUUCCUGAAUGCCCGGAUGUUAGCACUACAACAGAUGAUCUGAACACAAGGUACAAAAAAUUAGCUAGGGUUACGCCAUCAUUCCAAGCUGUGAUUGAUAGAGCUGGCUUAGCAGAUAGAUUUGCCCAGUCUGCAGUAAUGAUUAUUGAACAUUGUGAAGAAAUCAUAAGGGAUCACCAUACAGCAAAUCAAGGCUGGUUAGCAGCUGUAGCGAAUUAUGAGGAUGUAGUUGCAAAUUGCCAUAGACACAAUGAGGAGUCAAGAGAAAAUUUAGAUAGAUAUUUGGGGGAGAGAGAUUAUUUUUUGAAUUUCCUGGAGAAAUUUAAAGAAAAAUUGCCAGUUUUCAAAAAGAUCCCAAUGUUACAAAAAUUAUUGAGACCAACAGAUUGUGAGAAUAGAUUAAUGAUUGGCUCACAAACUUCUGAAGGAUUAGGUGAUAAAGAAUGUGACGAAACUUCUACUUCCUUUUAUGACUGGGUCGGCGAAGAUGAACAAGGGAACGGUAUUGAUGGCAUAUAUAAAAAUUGCGAGCAGGAAGUUCAAACUUAUAAAGAGGACUAUUUCAAGUACGCCUUCGAAUGUGUAGAACAUACUUUAUCAGUAGCAGAGUCUUCAAAUAAGGAAAUAAAUGUUAGCUUCUGGUUAAGUCACCUAGACCAAUUGAUCCACAAAGCAGGAAAGAUUGUUGAAGAACAGAAGAAAAUUUCUUCUUCUAUUCAGUUGAAUGUUGCAAGAAUGAAAGACUGUAAGGAUGUGUCGAUCUUGCCCCAUCUAUGUGAGACUCAUGCACAAGAACUACAAGUAAUGAAUGAGAAUCAUAGUAUUUUGAAAGAUAUUGAAAACACAUGCACCAAAGCAAAGUAUGAAUUCACCCACAAUGUUCAAGGUCGUAUAGGUUGGAUUGUAAAUAUUGAAAAUGAGUUGCAACAGAUUGGAAUUCAACUUGAUAUUUUCAAUGAAACCGUCGAGAGGCUUAGAUUUCAAAUUUCUAUUUUAGAGAAAAUUUACAUGGCACCUACAGCUUAUUUUGCUUGUAUAGCAGAAACUGUUAGAAGAAGGAGUUUCUCUCAAGCAUUCAUAAUGUGGGCUUCAGAAAUGGCAUGCCGUCUUCACACAUUGCACAAUGAGGAAGUAUCUAGGAGGAAAGAAUUCAUUAGUAAAUAUGAAGAUACUUUCGUCAAAAUGCUGUUUCCCGGUUUGGAAGAUCUUCCGCCAAGCUAUGGGACAAAGGCCCCUUCCUACUUCGAUACAAGUCUUCCGAAACUCACGGUUGAAGAUAUCGAUUUAUUGAAACAGCAGUUACCAGACUUACCAAAAGAGUUGACAGAAUGCCUGAGUUUAGAAGAUUCUUCUGAUUUAUCAUAUUAUCUAUCGUACAAAUCGAUUUUGAAUAUUCAAUCUGAUAAAUUAGAAGAGGAAAUUCAAUCUGAAGAUCCUGCAGAUAAGGUUCAGGUUGAAAACCAAAAUGAAAAUAUUGGAAAGAGUUUUAUCAAGGAGGGAGUUGGAGAAUGCAGUUUGACUGCAAUACACGGUCUUCCUCAUUUGAAGGAUGUGGACAGAGGCUGCGAAUCGGAAACUGAUACUGAAGAAUUUGAAAAAGUCAGCCGAAGUCCAUUGGAAUUGAAUUUCAAUAAAGAUGCUCCAUCUCAAAGGCCUAGUACCCAAGACGUAUCUACCUCAACAGAGGAUAAUUUGGAAGUUAGUAAGAGUGAAUAUAACAGUCUGAGAUCCUCAAUCAGUCAAGCAUGUUCUUCAGCUUCACAAUCACUCAAUCAAGUAAAGUCAGAAUUGAAAGAAUUCAAACGGGAUUAUAAUCUCAGUAAAAUUGAACUUAUCGAAUUGCUUAAAACACUAACAAGUGGGUACGAAAAAUUAUGUAAUGAACAACAAAGUCAUGAACAAUCUGUUGUUCUCAGAUUAUCAACAGAUCAUAAAAAUGAAAUUAGCGAUUUCAGAAGAUUAGCUCAGGUAAAAAAUGAAGAGAUCAAAUGUCUUAGAAGUGAAAUGGUAUUCCUUGAAAAUAAAUUGAGAAAGGUUAGUGAAGAAAACACAUUGGAGAAACAAAAUUCAGACGAUUAUAAACAGAAGUAUGAAGAAAUGAAAGUACAAGUAGCUUUUCUAGAGAAUGAAAAGGACAGGAGUAUCAAAGAAUUGACUGAAAGAUUGAAUAGAGAACAUGCUGAUAAAAUGAAGACAUUACAAUCUCGGUUCAAAUUAAUGACAAUGGAGAGAACUCAAUCAGAAAGCAGUUUGAGUUUGGAAAAAACUAUGGAAUUUAGCACUUCUCUAAAUCACGAAUCCAUUUACAUUCAAAUGAAAGAUAACUUUGAAUUGGAAAAAGAAAAAUAUAUGAAGGAAACUCUCAAGUUAGAAACUGAAAAAUGGGAAAAAACCUUGGAUAAACUGAAGGAAGAGUACGAAAAUGAAAAGAAACAGUUGAAGGAACAUUAUCAUGAGGAAAUGGAGAAAAAAGAAAAAAGUUUCUUAGAGGACCAACAAAAACAUAUGGAUAAAAUAAAUGAAUUAAGUGCUAUUAUUGAGUUAAAACAGCAGAAUGAAAAAAUAAACAAAUUAGACCAAAGUGAAAUUGCUGAGGGCUUGGAAAAUGAGACAGUUGUUUCUACUUCAGAACUCCUGAAAAAUAAGACUGAAAUGGUAGCUAUGGUAGGAUCAUAUUCGGAAGGUAAGGUUGAUUCUGCUACAAGUCCAAUAAAACAACGUAGAAGUGUUUUCAAAGCAGUGAAUGUUUUGGGAAAAUCUAGUAAGCCUAAUGUGGAUGCAUUGAAACCUGGUGACUGUUUGGUCAUUGUUUGGGAUGAGGAAUACCAAAACUUUCGAGUUGUUCAGAAUGGUCCAGUCAUAUAUUUUCUUCACCUUGAUUGCUUGCAGUCUCUAGGUCUUGAAAUAUAUGAUGGCUCACCGAAAAGACCUAAUAAAUUGUAUUGUUUGGGAGAAUAUGUGGAGAAGGAGUAUUGUUAUGCUCGUAAAUCUGAGAAUCGGUUCAAUGUUCCCCAAGGUACCAGAUUCUUUCGAAUAACGGUUAAACCCUUACAACAAGGAAAAACAAGUCAAUCUCCUCCUGUUAUGGAAUCAUCUGAUUGUUCAUUAUCUCAACAAGCAUCAAUUUCCAUCGCUGAGAUGGAACUUGCACCUCUGCCUCCAUUACCUAAAUGGAAAUACACUCCAAAGGAAUUACCACCCGAAACUUUUGGUGUAGUUCGAGACAGUAUGUCUGAAGUUAAUGAAUUUAGUGACAAUAAAUCUGAAGACUCAAGUAAAAGUUUGGCAUUUCAAACAGCUAGUUAUGACUUUGAUCAGCAAGAACCAGAAGUUACUGGUGAUGAUUUAAGUGAGCCACUUUGGUAGGUACAAUUUUGUUUAUUGCAUAGUCACAGUUCAUAUUCCUUAUGGAAUUGUAUGUCAAUAAAUGUUAAAUUGCUGAAUUUCAUAUUUCUCUUAGGCCGAUGUAGUGUGAUAUCAAUUUUAUUUAUACAUUUCAUAUAUAUGACAUAGUUUAUAAAAGUCUGUAAUAAAUAUUAUGAUUAUUUAUUCAACAUAAGAAAUGUCAGGUGAGUUUGUUUCAAUCCUCUAUAUUUAGUUUUUGAAUAAUUUUUCAAUACAUAUGAAAUAUGGAUCAGGAAGUUUGUGAGCUAGAUUUGUAAUUUGUCGAUUUAGGUUUUUCAAGUAGACAAAAAAAUUAGAAUUUUUUUCGUGUGUAUUCAAUUUUUCUAAUUUACUGUAAUUGAUAAGAUUUUGAAUUUUGAAAAAUUCUUACAUUUUUGGAUCUAGAUGAUUCAUUGUUUCAAAUUUUCAUCUUUCAUAGUCGUACCUCAAUAAUAUUAAUAAAUAUAUUAAAUUUUGACUUUUUCCUGGAGAAUAAAUUCAAUAUAUAGUAGCAACCAAUACUAUCAAAGUGUUUCAAAUUGAUAAUGAAGCGUGCAAUCUACAAUAGUGAAUAUUAUAAAGAAAGAUGAGAAUUUUAUCAGUUUUAUCAGACUUGUAGAAAUAACCUCAAAAUUUUAUAGAGAUCACAUAAAUAUAACAUGAUAACUUCACAAUGUGAACCCUCCACUUAUUAAUUAUCAUUUCCAAAGAUGUACAUUGAAUUAGUGUUUUAUAUAUAUUACGAUAUUGUGCAAGUUAUCGAGAAAUAUGGAAGGAGUGAAAAUAACAUUUUGUACAUAAAGAUGAUGUGGAGAAAAGAUCUGAUGAAAUUUAGUGCUUUUCAAGAUAAUCUACCUGAAAGAUAAGCCGUUCAAAUAAUAGAUUUAUAUAUUAUAAGCAUAUAUUUUAGAGAUUCAAUUUUUAUCCACAAACAUUUUUUUUUAUAGAUGGUUGGGGUUUGAAAUUUUUUUAUUCAUUUGACUUUUUUCAAUUUGUCUAAAAUCAGAUAUUUUAAAUUAAUCUUUGUAUAAUUUUCAGGAAGUCACAUAUGACUCUCUUGAGUGAAAAGUACUGAAUAAUGAUAAUUGUUCAAAGAAAAUUACUGAAUUUUUCUGAUAGAGAUUUAAAAUUUCUUAGGUAUAUUUUUCUUUUGAACCAUAUCGUGGAAUAAACUCUUCCUAGUUCAUUCUUCCUUCAGGGAGAAAUAUUUAUGCUUUGAAUUUGAAUGGUAAAUUUUCUGUAAUUGUGAGAAAUAAUAUUAAAAUUUUUUAUAAAUUGUACGCCUUAUGCAUAUAAGAGAAGGUUUUGAAAAUUCUUUAUUCAUUAUAUAAUGAAGAAAUUGAAAAUUUUAAAGAAUUUUUUGUUUCUUUCGUGGCCCAGAUACAUUUCACAAUGGAUAGUAAUAUUGAGAGUACACAGUACAACCGAUUUUUCAAGAAAUUGUCUAAAUUUUCAUCAAUAAUAUGAUCUUAUUAUUGGUAUUAUUAACAACUGUUACUAUCUGUAACUAUUUCUUAGUUUGUCAAAAACCAGUUAAAGCGGUAAAAAAUGUUACUGGUUGUGUUCCAUUCGCCUUUGAAAGGAUCAUUCAUCAUCACUGCCUCAUCAGUAUUCAUAUAAUUUUCUUGUUUCUCUAUUCAUCAUUAAUUUACUUUAUAAAUAUGUCUUUAAUUAGCAGAAAAACAUCACUUAAUAUUGUCCAAUAAAUUGUAGCUUCAUCUGCACUUCACUCCUAUAUUUUAUAGUCAAACACAAAUCUUUACAUCGAAAAAUCUUAUGACUAUUAUGGGAAGUACAAGAAAAGUGGUAAAAAUUUCUGCUAAAUAAUCACAAUUUAAUAAAAUUGCAAAUCAUCAAAUUGUACACAAUUUAUUUAUUUUUUGCUAUCUCUUAUUUAAAUAAUUUAUAAGAUCUUUCAAGAGAAUAGAACUAUCUAGAUUUUACUGAAAUCAAAAAUCUUAAUUUCGACUGGAUGUGAUGAAUUGAGUUCAAUUGUGAAUUUAUCUGAAAUAUCUAGCGUAUAAAAUAUUUACAAAUUUUUAUAACAAAUGAAAUUAAAAGUCAAAAUGCAAAA